UCGGAGCCGUGAUCAACUCCUCAUUGUCGCUAUAGCUAUAAGUCUAUUUUGUAAAUAAUAAUGUAUGGUUAAAUAAAAUUUUCAUUGGUUGUUCGUAGCAUCUGUCAUCGAUGAUGUCAGAAAGUAGAAAACCAAGCGCCGACUGGCUCAAUUACGUGACUCAUUUGACAUCACACAGAAGUUUCUGACCUAACGUCUCGCUUUUUAUAUUUCAGCAUCUGGUCACUUUAGUAUAAUUGCGUUUGUUACAUUCAAGUCUUUUGCCUGUAUUUAUUUUAUUUUCUCUUAAUUAAUUUAUUUAGAAAAGGAAAAGGGCUCGAGCCCUCUGGACUCAGGGCUAUUUAGACAUUUAUCAUUGGGGUAUGGGAGGCAUGGCUAGAAGUAGUGUAACCAGAUCCUACGUAAAAUUAUAUAUAUAAAUUAGUAAGUCAGUAGUUAACUCUACGAUUCAAUUAUUUACCAUUUUUAUUAAAUUUUUUUUUAUUACGAAGGGGAAACGGACACUCUGGACCCCUUCAUGAUUAUGUCACUGUGCGUGGAAGCCAAUUUUGUCCACUGAUACUUAUGGCUGAUAUUGAAAAUUCACACCAAUGUCAGGUCAAGAAGGUUGGAUCUCCACCCUAACCCUCGUCCAUUAUAGUGCUAUAUGUAUAUAUGUAUUUUUUUGUGGCGUGAUUUUGACAUUAGAGGAAAUGCCCCUCAAACACCAUAAGCUGUGCCCCUGCUUUGGUCCCUAAUUGGCUAUGCUACUGUUAGGAAAGAUUAAUCAGCAAGCAAAGAUUGUAUAGUCUCUUUAAUACGUUUAUUAUAUAGCUAUCAAUAUUGAUAAAGAUUUGGAUCCAUUUCAAUGGACAACCACUAAAACUAGUAACUGUUUUCAUCUAACUAAUUGCUCUUUUCAUCUAACGUUAGAUGAAAAGGGCAAUUAGUAUGACUGUAGAAGCCUGGAUAAUGGCAAUUGCAACUUUCACUGUUUGUCAAAUUGGUCAAAAUUCACAAGAUUUAAACCAUAGAUACAAUAUAUAUUAUAUUCCUAAGGGUCCGUUAUCACCUCAACACAAAGGUGACAUCCCAAUUACACAAAGUACAACCCUCCAAGAGGAAACUAAGAAACAUCCUGACAGAUGUCAACUGUCAUACACCUCAUCUACUAGUGUGCCUAAUUUCCCCGUCCGAAAUAAUGUGCGACGUCCUGUUUCCAGCCAUUUUAUACAUUCGCGUUUACAUUUUCGAAAAACACUGUCCUCCAGAUGUACUUGGAAAUGUACUGCCAUUGCCUUUAUAUUUCUGACAAUAGCACUUCUUACGGCACUGACAUAUUUCAUUGCUGUUACUGUAUUAAACUGGCAGUAUGCUAACAAGCAGCCAUGUCCAGUGAUGGUUGAAGAUAUGGGUCUAGUGGAUGACAGUAAAGAUGUUAAAAGUACGUAUCAGGAUUCUUGGAAAAGAGGUAAAACUGGGGUUUCUGAUGGAUCCAUAAUUCGUAAAAUCCGUGAGGUGGGUGAUGCUAAUUUGUCAACCGAGUUUGUUCAAACUACUACUACCACUUUUCCUUCUCUUCCCAUCAACACCACUGCUGAUUUCAUGGAUUCUGGCAGCGGUGAGCAUGCUUCUCUUGUUGUCCCAGAAACUGGUAGAACUGGUACUAUGGAAGCAACAAGGAAGACUGCUUUAGAUCUUGAAGCAGAAGAUUUAUUGCUGGUGUCAAAAGAAACAUUUUCAAAACAAACAAAUGAAAUAUCAAAAAUCCAGGUCAGUGAUAAUAAUCCAUUAACUACUGUUCUCAACAGAAAAAAUGUUACAACAGAUAUUUUAAGUAAUGCCACCAAUGCCACAUCCAUGGAUGAUCAGGAUAGUGAUGUUCGAGGGUUGCAGCAUGAUUCUGCUGCUGUUUCUGUGCCAUCCAAAACUGAUAAUAAUGCCACUGACAAUGAAAUUUAUUCUGUGCUUAAUGAGCAUGAAUCUAUCCAACCUAUAUCUAUUUUGAUACCUCCAGCAAAUUUAAUAGUAGGCAAUGAUCGAGUAGAAGUCAAUAUGGUUGAAUAUGCUAAACCUGAAGUGGCACCAGGUGGAGGCAUUGGUAAAGGACCAGUAUUAAUUACCCGUCCAACAGAAGUGAGCUAUGGUAAUGUAUUUGCAACUACAGUGGAAGAUGAGGAAAUAUCAAUUCAGCUACAUAAUGCAACGCAAACAGAAGAAUAUUCAACAUAUUCUACUGUAAAUUCAUAUAUAGAUAAUUUUUCAUUAAAUGCAUCAACAAAUUCAUCUAGUAUUUGGUUAGAAAAACUAAAUUUAAGCAUUACAGAAUUAUAUGGAUCAGAGACAAUAUUUAGUGUUUCUUCAAGUUUAUCAGGAAAUGAAGUUUCACAAUCUACAGAGGAAAUCAUUUUACAGACUUCAAUAUUAUCUAAUAUUGAAGAAUCUCUUACACAGUCACCAGGAGAAUCAAUAACUAAAAUUGAUACAAAUAUUGUUAUGCCAACUGUUAUACAAACAGUUAUUCCUAAUGAAAGUAAUGAAACAAGUAAUGAUGAAAAUUUAGUUAGUAAAGUUUAUGAAUCAACUGCAGUAUUGGAUCUGUCUAAUGAAUCAUCAACUGAUGUUCCUUCUUAUGAAGAAUGUUGUACUUGUGAUAUUAGUACUACUGCAUCAUCAAUAAAUGAAUCUACUGAUAACCUAGUUACAACAGAAGAAACUACCGAAAUAUCUACUGAUCACAGUCCUUCUUCUUUGCCUUCACAAACAAUGCCUCCCGUUGGUGAAUCAUUUUCAGAAGUUCAAAUUGGAAAAAAAUACACUCAAAAAAUUUCAUCAUUUGGUCAUUGGAAUAUUCAGUUUCUUCAAAAUAGUCCCUCUUUGGUUAAAUUUAAUUAUUCGGUACCAGAGGGUGCCAGUAUUGGUAUAUACGGACGUCGUAAUGGAAUUCCAUCACAUACAAGAUAUGACUUUGUAGAAAUUUUAAAUACUAAACAGAGGAGGACUUUAAGGUCAGCAAAGGAUACGUACUUCAGCAUGGAAUUUGUGCAGUUUUUAGACAGAGGUUUAUGGUAUAUUUCUGUAUAUAAUGAUGGAGAUAAUCCUCAAGAAAUUGAUUUUGUUCCAAUUGUCACAGAUGAAUCCAGUUUACCUUGUCCUUAUGAUUGCCAUGGUCAUGGAGUAUGUGUUGUAGGUAGCUGUGUAUGUGAUGCUGAUUAUGCUGGAGAAUCCUGUUCCAAUAGGAUAUGUCCUGUUUUAUGUAGUGGCCGUGGUCAGUAUGUAGCAGGAGAAUGUUCUUGUAGUCCUGGUUGGAAAGGAAAAGAAUGUCAACUUCGUGAAGAUGAAUGUGAAGUGUCAGAUUGUAAUGGUCGUGGAGAUUGUGUGGAUGGUAAUUGUCGCUGUUUUCUAGGAUACAAAGGAGCACAUUGUGAAGAAGUGGAUUGCUUAGAUCCCGAUUGCUCAGGACAUGGGACAUGCAUGAAUGGCAUGUGUUUUUGCAGAAAAGGAUGGAAGGGUGCAGACUGCAGUGAAACUGAUAGUGAUACAUUACGUUGUUUGCCAGACUGUUCUAGUCAUGGUCAUUUUGAUGUGGAACUUCAACAAUGUAUUUGUGAAGAAAACUGGACUGGUCCAGAUUGUUCUGAAGAAAAAUGUGAUUUAAAUUGUGGUAUACAUGGACGAUGCCAAAAUGGUUUAUGUAACUGUUUAGAAGGUUGGAGUGGUCCAAAUUGUAAUGAGAAACUCUGUGAUCCUCGCUGUGUGGAACAUGGAGAAUGCAAAAAUGGGACAUGUGUUUGUAACAAAGGUUGGAAUGGACAACAUUGUUCAUUAGACGGAUGUCCACAAAAUUGCAACAAUCAUGGUGAGUGUGUAAUGGUUAAUAAAAUUUGGCGUUGUCGAUGCGAAUCGAAUUGGGAUGGUUCAGAUUGCUCUAUUCCAUUGGAAAGAAUCUGUGAUGAUCGUGUUGAUAAUGACAAAGAUGGAUUAAUUGAUUGUGCUGAUACUGAAUGCUGUUCAACUCGAGCAUGUGAAAACAAUCCAUUGUGUUUUGCUGCUGCUGAUCCAUUGGAUAUUUUACUGAGAAAGCAACCACCAGCUGUCACAGCAUCAUUUUUUCAGAGAAUGCAGUUUCUUAUUGAAGAAGAUUCUGUACAGAGUUAUGUUAAUAAAAAUUCUUUUAAUGAUAGCAUGUUUUGGAAUCAUUUUAAUGCAAGUCGAGCAUCUGUAAUUCGUGGUCAAGUUGUCAGUCCUCUUGGAAAUGGCUUGAUGGGAAUUAGAGUAGGAAUGGCCACUGAUCCUCUAUUUGGCUUUACUGUUACAAGAGAUACAGGCUGGUUUGAUUUGAUGGUAAACGGAGGUGGGGCAGUGACACUUCAGUUUCAAAGAGAACCCUUUAAACCACAUGAAAGAACUGUUAUAGUUCCUUGGAAUGAAAUUGUAGUCAUGGACAAAGUAGUAAUGACUAUUAGUGAAGAAAAGCAUCCAGAAUAUAAAUCUACAGUUUGUUUUGAUCAUAAUUAUGAUACUAUGAAACCUGUUGUUUUAGCAACUUGGAAACAUGGAUUUCAAGGUGGAUGUCCAGAAAAAAGUUCCAUAUUAUCUGAAUCUCAAGUUAUACAAGAAAGUCUUCCCAUUCCUGGAACAAAACUUCAUCUUGUAUAUCACAGCAGUAGAGUGGGAGGUUAUCUGUCUACCAUUCAACUGCAGCUUACACCUGACAUUAUUCCUCCAUCUCUUCGUCUUAUAUAUCUUCGUAUUUCUAUUGAAGGAAUAUUGUUUGAAAGAAAAUUUGAGGCUGAUCCAGGAAUUAAAUAUACAUAUGCAUGGAACAGAAGAAAUAUUUAUAGACAGAAGGUUUAUGGAGUUGCUACAGCAAUUGUUUAUGUUGGAUAUGAAUAUAGCACUUGCCCUCAUGUUAUCUGGGAAGUUCAGACAACUCAAGUGAGUGGUCAUGACAUGAGUAUUUCAGAAAUUGGAGGAUGGAAUUUGGACAUACACCAUCAAUAUAAUUACCAUGAAGGUAUUCUACAGAAAGGAGAUGGAACAAAUAUAUAUCUAAAAAAUAAACCAAAAGUUUUAUUAACUGCUAUGGGUGAUGGUCAUCAAAGACCAAUGCACUGUCAUCAUUGUAAUGGAAUAGCAAAACAACAACGUCUGUUAGCUCCAGUUGCUCUAACAAAUGCUCCAGAUGGCAGUAUUUAUGUUGGUGAUUUUAAUUUAAUUAGAAGAAUUACACCUGAUGGAAUGAUUACAACAAUUGUUGAAUUAAGUGCAGCUCAAGUUGCUUAUCGUUACCAUUUAGCAGUUGGACCAGCAGAUAGUAAAUUAUACAUAUCAGAUCCUGAAAGACACCAGAUUUUCCGAGUUAUUAAUUUAAAUGAUAUAGUUGAUAUAAAAAAUAAUAUUGAGGUAGUAGUUGGAAGUGGUAGUAAAUGUCUACCAGGGGAUAAGCUUUUAUGUGGAGAUGGUAGAACAGCAAGAGAUGCUAAAUUGGCAUAUCCAAAAGGUAUGGCCAUUUCGGCUCAUAAUGAAAUUUUUAUUGCUGAUGGCACUAAUAUCCGAAUGGUGGAUCGUAAUGGAAUUAUUCAUACCAUAGUUGGCGAUCAUUAUCAUAAGAGCCAUUGGAAACCAUUUCCUUGUGGAAAAACUAUAACACUAAGUCAGGUUAAUCUCAGAUGGCCGACUGAACUGGCUAUAAAUCCUUUGGAUGGUACUCUGCAUAUUUUAGAUGAUCAUCUUGUUUUAAAAUUAACUCCAGACAAAAGAUUAAAAGUAAUAGCAGGAAAACCUCUACAAUGUCCUUCUUCUCAUGAAAAAUCUGAUCAAGCUAAUGAUGUCUUUUUAGAAUCACCUCAAAGUAUUGCCUUUGCGCCUAAUGGGGAUCUUUAUAUUGCAGAAAGUGAUUCUCAAUUUGUUAAUAGAGUUCGUGUUAUUGGAAGUGAUGGACGCAUCUCAAAAUUUGCAGGUGCAGAGAUGAAAUGUAGUUGUCUGGAUAUAAAUUGCAAAUGUUUUGAUGAAGAUAAUUUUCUUGCUGCCACUUCAAAAUUGAAUACUAUUUCUUCCAUUACUGUCACACCAGAUGGACUUUUGCAUAUUUGUGAUCAGGGAAAUUUAAGAAUUUGGUCAGUCACAUCUUCUUUACCUAAGCCAAAUGAUUCUCAUGAAUAUGAAAUAUACUCUCCUGAAACCCAAGAAAUAUAUUCUUUUAAUCGUCAUGGCCAACAUACAACAACUAAAAACAUACUAACUGGAAAAAUUGUAUAUACAUUUUCUUAUAAUGUAAAUACUAGUUUUGGAAAGCUUAGUACAGUAACAGAUGCUGCAGGAAAUAAAAUAUAUAUACUCCGAGACUAUAGUAAUCAAGUUAAAACUAUAGAAAAUACUCGAGGAGGAAAAUGUAGGCUUGAAAUGACCAGAAUGAGAAUGUUACAAAGUUUUACAACACCUGAUAAUUUUAAAACUGUUUUUGAAUAUCAUGGUAGUACAGGUCUUUUGCGAAGCAAAAUUGAUAGUUCUGGUAAAUCAUUUCUCUAUGGAUAUGACAAAUAUGGUCGACUUACACAAGCAGUCACUCCAAGUGGUCACACAAUAAAGUUGUCAUAUAAUUUAAGUAUUAAAGGAGCUGCAGUAACUGUUACCAGAAAUGAUAAAACUCCUGUAUCUUUGCUUAUUAAAGGUUCUGAUGUUACAAUAAAUAAAGGUUCUGCAAUAGAAAAAAUUACCAAAGAUCCUGAUAAUAGUUUGAUAAUAACAAAGGAAGAUUCUAGGACAAUAGAAAUGGAAACGGUUCCUAGUCCUGUUUUAGCAGAUCAAAGUCCUGUACUUGGUGAAACAUUUCCUGUUCCUGCAAAACUUAAAACAACAUUAAAUGAUGAAGUAUCUCAAAAGUUUGAGUGGCGUUACUAUUUACGGAGGGAAGGCAAAGGUCGUAAUCGUCAAAUAACACAAGUGGGCAGGAAAAUGAAGAUAAAUGGUGAAACACUGGUAGCUGUGGAAUUUGAUCGAGAACAGUACAGCGAAACAAUUUAUGACAAAAAUCAAAUACCUUUAGUCACAGUUCGUUAUGAUGAGUUUGGUCAUCCAAAACAAUGGGAACCCAGUCAAAAUUUAACUCCAGUUAAACUAGAAUAUGAUAGAUUUGGUCGGUUGGCAAGAUGGGAAAGAGGCUACUUGUCAGAAAGAUAUUCUUUUGAUAUUCAAGGAAGAUUGGCUGAGAUUCGAUAUUCAGAUAACAGUGGCAUUAUGUAUCGAUAUGAUGACAGUCCCAUUAGUCUGCCAACUGAAAUUAUUCUUCCAAGUGGCAGUCGUUAUCUCCUUCAGUAUGAUACAUCAGGUAGUUUGCAAGCUGUGAUUACACCUAAUGGCCAUAAACAUGAGAUAGCCACUCAGACAUCACUUGGAUUUUAUAAAUUACUCUAUCUUUCUCCUGGUGUAAAACAUCCUUACAUUCUUCAUUUUAAUGACCAAGGGCUUUUAUUGGCUAAACUCCAUCCAAAUAACCAAGGCAGGGUAGUUUAUUAUUAUACAAAUAAUGGACAACUUACUUCUGUAUUCUGUGGAAAUGAAAGGACAGAUAUCAGUUACUAUGAACAACAUUCUCUUAUUAAAACAACAAUGAGAAGAGUUCCAGGAUUAGAAUGCAGAGUUGACUACAGGUAUCAUGGUUCAUUGUUAAAAGAAGAAAGAUACCGAUAUAACAGUAGAAGUGGUUUAGAUAGUUUAAAACUUAAAUAUCAAUAUGAUAGUCGUUUAUCAAAUGUAGAGUUAGAAAUUAAUGGAAAAGGAGCAAGUGAAAUUAAAUUUAAGUAUAAUGCUGAAACUGGAAUUCUUGAGCAAGUACAACAAUUUCUUUUUCAUAAACCUAAAAUUAAUAGCAUAUUUAUUCAAGAUGACAUGCGACAAUAUUCCAAAACUAUUGGCUAUGACUCUUAUGGAAGGAUAGUUGUUUUGGCUAUGACUUUAUGGAACAAAGAAAUAUAUUCUCUCAGUCUACAAUAUGAUAGCCGUAGUCGAAUAAGGAAAUCAAUAAUGAAAAUUGGAAAAGAAAAUUCUCCAACAGUUACUAAUUACAGCUAUACAAUUGAUGGAUUCUUGGAAGAAGUUACUGGUACAGAUAUUUGGCGCUUCAUUUAUGACAUAAAUGGAAAUAUGAAAAGUCUUUGGGAGGGGCAACAUCAGAUAUCAUUAAGAUAUGACGAUGGUGAUCGUCUCGUAGGAUAUGGUGAUGUAGAACUUUAUAUGGUUGAUUCACGUGGUUAUAUUAUACAAAGAGGACAAGAAAAAUUUCAGUUUAAUGCAGAAGGUCAGUUGAUACAUGCAUUUGAACUACAUCAGUAUGAAGUUUACUAUUAUUAUGAUGUACAAAAACGACUUAUUGCAAGAAAAGAUCAUAGAGGAAACAUAACACAAUUCCUAUAUGCUGACCUUCUUAAUCCCUAUCAGAUCACUCAUAUUCAUUUUCCACAAGUUGGUAUUACCACAUUAUUAUUAUAUGAUUCAAAUAGUCAUUUGAUGUACAUACAACAAGGAACUACAAAAUAUUAUGUUGCUACUGAUCACCUCGGAACACCAGUAGGAAUAUUUGAUACAGAUGGGAACAUAGUUAAAGAAGUUCAGCGCAGUCCUUUUGGAAAAGUCUUAAGUGACAGUAAUGCAGAUUUUUAUUUACCUUUAGACUUUCAAGGUGGAAUUCGUGAUCCAUUGACUCAGCUGAUUCAUUUUAAUAGUCGAAUUUAUGAUCCACUUGGAGCUCAAUGGCUGACUCUUAAUUGGGAAGAUGUACCAGAACUUCUUAACAAACCAUUCAAUAUGCAUCUUUAUCGAUUCCAUAGUAAUGAUCCAGUUAAUAUUCCAAAUACGAAAACUCAACAAUUAACAGAACUCAAAGAUUGGUUAGCAGUUCUUGGCUUUAACAUGGAGAAGGUACCAAUUUAUCCUAAAUUAACAAAUGGAAAAUAUGAAGUGACAUCAAUGUGGGAAAGUUUGCCUACAAUUUCAGGACUCAGCUGCACUGCAAAUGUCAUGGCUUCAGAAUUUUGUCGCUUCAGCACAGUUCCUCAGACAGAAGUUAAAGUUGAAGGCAAUUUUCUUCGAAGCAUUAAUUCACGAAUAGCGACACUGCCAUCCGUUUUGGGUGAUGGCAUAUUGCUUUCAAAAGUCGAAAACAGAGCUAUUGUACAUAUAGUUAAUGAAGCAAGUCCUCUUUUAAGAGAUAUCAUAACGUCUGUUUUUAAUAGCACCUUUCUAUUGGAUCUUCACUUUUCUGUACAUGGACAGGAUUCGUUUUAUUUUGUACAAGAAGACGCGAAGAAAGUUCAGACUGACUGGGAACAACUACAAAGGUUGGGUAAUGUAUUUAACAUAACGAUGCAUCCUGUAGAGAGCAGUGAUAGUCUCAAUAACAAUGGUCAGAUUGACCUUAGACUUCAGAGUACCAGUGUAGCAUUAAACAUUCGUUAUGGAACUACGCUAGAAGAAGAAAGGUGGAGAAUAAUCCGUUAUUCGAGACAGAGAGCAGUGGAAGAAGCAUGGCAACAAGAAGUAGAGUUGUUACAAAGUGGCCAUAGGGGAUCUCACGAUUGGACCAAAUCCGAAAAAGAAGAGCUUUUAGCAAACAAAAUGGUAGCUAAAUAUCAUGGCACAGAUAUCCACGACAUAGAUAAAUAUCCAGAAUUAGCAGACGAUCCUACAAACAUAAUGUUUAGAAAAGAGAGUAACAGGAAACGGCGAGGUCGACCGAGGAGACCAAGAAUUAGGUGAAGAUACGAAGAAAAUUAUAUCAAAAGUGUGAAUUAUUGAUACCUGCCUUACACAAAAUAUCUCCAAUAUCACAUUUUUAGUGGUAAUUGUUAUAUGUGUAAAGGAACUUUAGUAUAAUUUGCCAAAGAACAAUGGUGCUUUAUAAGUGGACAUAAAAUAACGGUUAUUUUUUGUGAAAUUUCUUCACAAAAGCAUAAAUGAAUUGUAAUUGAAACAAAUUGUUUAUCAAAUUCUGGAAUGAAUAGUAAAUCCAUUAUUUUCAAUGGAAUAUCAAAUUCCAGAAGAACACCAAGUUACCAAUGUUUCCAUAGUAUGUAUGUUUGAAAAUAUUUUGAGAAGAAACACGACUAUAAUCGUCAUUAUUGUAAGUUUUAAUGAAACGCAACACAACACGUGAACUAGAUGAAAGAUUGCACAGUAUUCUUCAGUUGUGUAACUGUGAAAGAACUUUCAGUAUACAAUGAAUACUGUAGCAAUUACAGUUAUAACUUUUAAGAUGGCAUGCACAAUCAAUGACUGAUAUUCACAUACGGUACAAUAGAUUUAUAUUAAAUUGUUUAGUGAAAUGUUAUGUGAAACAUUCAAAUAUGUUUUUGCCAACUGACUGAUUACCGACCGAAAUAUCCCACUGUAUAAUCGGAUCAAAAGUGCAAUUCAUACUCACUUAAAAACUCUUUUUAUUUAAACAUAUUACUUAUUUGCCUACACUUCUCGUUCAUUAUCAUAGAAUUUCUUUGGAUGGCCUGGCAAGAAGCAGAUGUGAUUGUGAAUUUAUCACAUAGCCAUCACUAAUAUCGGUCACAAGAUAUAACUAUGCACUCUCGGCAUCACCCAUAAACGCGGACAACAGAUAAAUCUCCGACAAUUUAAAUUAAUCACGAUUCCAAAAUUUGAAAACGUUGAGUUAAAAUCCUAAAUUGAUGCCGAGAAAUUUCAUUCAAAGUGCCUUACAGUGGGAUUAUGUUUGUCAUAUAUAUGUUUCCAUGCUUCACUAAAGAUAGUUAUAUCUAUUGUUAUAUUGUUUCUUGUCAAAGAAAUCAAAUGUGCCAAACUGGUUUCAACUCUGAAUCUUACUGCUUUAAUACUUAAUCUUUGGCACAGUAUAUAAAAGUGAUUUCCAUCCUUCUAAUCCAAAUUAGUAAAUGUUAUUUCAAAAAUUGAGUUGUACAGUGGCAGUCUCUAAGUAAACUUAUAUUCUUUCUUCCUUUCCCAGCAAAAAAAAAAAAAAGAGAAAAAUAAAAGAUAAGUGAUUUGUACUUAAUAUUAA